GGAUCGUUUUUGAUUUCUUGGUAUCAUUUGAAAGAAUAAAUUCUCUUCUAUGUACUGGUAUGAUUUUUCUCGCUUUUUUCUAUUUAAAACUAUAAACGACCCCAUCAUAUUUUAAAGCUAAUUUCCGGCCGUGUGCAGUGACCCGGAAAAUAGGUCAAAACAUAUGCAAAUUAUUCGCCCUCAAAGUAUCAAAUAACCAAAAUUAAAUAUUUAUAUAGUAAAUUUCAAUACCCAAGAACAUAUUGUUAAUAAAUACCUUUAAAACUUUCGUGAUUUUCAGCGACAAAAAAUCCGAUGAAAACUCUCAAUUAUUUCGUCGAUCGCACGCGAAAUUCACAAUUGAGAAAAAAACCCACCGCAAUGCAUCACGGUAUACUGACGAUUCCUCCUCUGGAUCGUGGGGUUAGCGCCUCUUUCAAAAAUGGAAUUUUGGAAUUUGGACAAACAAAGUUCGUCUUGUGUCACGAGAAUUGCUGCAAUGGUGAACAAACCAAGUUCUCUCGAAAGAAGAACGCUCGUACUAUUAGGCGAUGUGAAAUUUAUUGCUCUGCAACGAUUCUGAGGCGAGAUAUUGGACUCGAUGUCGGAGGGUAUAUCAGAUAAGUGGCUAGCCUUGUAGUUAUUUAUGUCCUAUGUAGCCAGUGCCAGUACUGACGACCGUUCAAGUACGACGAAAACGUAAAGCAAUCGCAUCAACUAAACUCAGAAACACAACAAAUGCAUUCUAUUAACAAGUUCGUCCUUUAUAGAUAUAUUUUUUUACAUAUACUGCUAAUAUUUUUUGAAUUAUUUCGUUAUUAAAUAUUAUAACGGUUAAAUAUUCCGUAUAAAUAUUCAAAAUAUAUAGACCAUUCGGAGAUUGGGCCGCCUGUGGUCCCACUAAAUAAACGAUGUCAUUUUGUUUCCGGUACAGAGGGAAAAUAAAGGCAAGGUAGUGUUAGAAGGAGUGACAGGUCAUGUACGUUCCGGUGAAGUUACAGCUGUCAUGGGACCUUCUGGUGCUGGAAAGACGACAUUUCUUAACACACUGAGUGGAAAAGCUUACUAUGGGGUAAGUCUUUGUUUGUUUUCCUGAUUCUUCCCAUCCCUCCAUUCUUUCAUAUCGAAAAGUGGAACAGCGGCUGAACUUAUUUCCCGAAAAUGUCAUAGAUACGAUGCAAACGCUAACAAUUAUGAAUCCGCAUAAGAACUUAAAUAUACAUAAAACAUAAUGCCCAUGAUCAUGAAGACGUCAAUUCAUUGAUGCCAAUGUAGCAAAAGGAAAGAUAAGUAAUUGGCUUAAUUCCCUUUAGACCUUUCACCGGCUUUGGGAAUGUGAAAUUCCAGAAAACAAAGAUACGUUAUUAAAGGCCAGAAGUCGGACAGUACAGGGUGUAUAACUAAAAAACGUAAAUUUCUAAAAGAAUAAUACGGCAAACCGUUUACUGUGUUUUUACAUUCAUUUUAUAGUAUAGCUCAGUCAUUCAGCUUUUCAACGGUAUGAUAAUUUUGAAAUUUGAACGAUUGGUUCGCAAAAAAUCUUAUUUUAUGUGACUGAGAUUCAAGAACCAAAAAUUUGAGAUGCUAAACAAAAUCGAUGUUAGCUAUAUAGUAAAGUUCUUCGAAAGAGAAAGGAACAAGAUUUAAAAUUAGAGUAAAAUCAUUUAACAAGGACAAGCAUUCCAACAAUAUUAGGCAUAAAAGAUGGCCUCAUUUUUUCACACACCCUGUAUAUAUUUAUCACUUAUUUACUGAGACCGAGGGAAACAGAGUGUUUUGUGGACCCGAGACUGUCGAUGUUUCCCGAGGCGAAGCCGAGGGAAACAUCGACGGUCGAGGGUCCACAAAACACACUGCUUUCCCGAGGUCUCAGUAAAUAAGUGUUUUAUUAUAUAUCAAUAGUCAAAGAAACAACAAAUUAAAGAACAAAUGAACGUAAAUACAUGAAAUAUUUUAUUGUUAAAACGUUAUAUUAAACACUGGCUACACUGCAGUUACUUAAAGCAAAAGUUUUAAUUACGCACUAGGCAUGUCCAAAGGUCGCAUCUUCACGUGAUGGCGCACGUGAUUUUUUUUUGUUAUUCGCCGGUCGAUAACGUAUUAUCUCCCUCUCGCACUGUUGCGAGGGAGACAGCCUAAUUUCAUCACUCUCACGUGAUAUGCUCUCAACCAAUAAAACACUAGAAAAAUGCGACUUUGACUAUUGAUAUAUAAUAAUAUAUAAUAACUCAUAUUAACUUUUUUUUUGUUAGAUAGAUAAUAGAUAGAUUUUAUUAAAAAUGGUAGCAUUACAGCUAUAUGGUGAAAUAUUGACAGUGCAAAAUUUUGUUUUACUUUAGAAUGCAAAUGGGAAGAUAUUGUUCAACAAUGAAGUGGUCAGAGGAAUAAAACAGUUCAGGUCUAUUACAGGAUUUGUUCCUCAGGUACGGAAUUUAUGCAAAUAUUUGUUUUUUUAAAGGGCAUGGCAAUAGAAAAUGGUUUUUCUUAUGCUAUAAAUUUAACUCCGUUACUGGUUUUGCAGCAUCUCAACUUUUGAAAAAUUUUGUAGAUGGAAAUUUCGAGCGUAAAUUAGCACUGCACCGGAAUCGCAGGGCCGCAGGUUCGAUUCCUGCCAGAGGGCCUAUAGUUGCAUUUUUUUUCCUGGUUGAUAAAUAUAUAAGAUUUACACUCGAAAUUUCCAUCUACAAAACCCGUCUUCAAUUAGUUCUAUCAUGGAUUGGAAAAUAACUAUAAAAAUUAGUUCUAUCAAUAAUUGUAAAAAAUUUAUUUUAUUAUCCAUGGUUCUAUCGAGUUUAGAUGCCCAAAAUCCUGAUAUUUACCCAUCAGACCCAUUUCCCUUUUAUUUCACAGGAGGAUACGAUGCACAGGAAUUUAACUGUCCACGAGGUUUUGUAUUACCAAGCUCUGCUGCGCUUGCCUGCUGGAACCAAUAAACGAACCAUCAAUUACAAGAUACGUCAGGUAAUUUUGAAGUGUCUGUGCCAGUGUAGGUAGUGCCAAUAAUACGAACAAGCUUUCGUUGGUAGGGAUGCAACUACCUGAAAAAUAUAUAAGGAGAAUUUCGACGUUUCGAGCCCUUCGUCUGGAAUUACUAGCUGGGGUUUGGGAAAUUACAUGAGCUUUUAUACUAAGAAUGUAAACGAUCACGUGCUGUAUAGCUUUCUGUAUAAUUGUAUUAAUAUAUUCUGUGAUGUGAUUUACAUUUUUUGUUUAUACUUUGUUUUGGCUAAAUCCUUCUGAUUGGUUUAUUUUUGUCACGUGAUUGCUUUUAUAUUAGUAAAAAAGCUCAUGUAAUUUUCCCGACUCCCGCUAGUAACUCCAGACGAACGGCCUUCGCUCGAAACGUCGAAAUUCUCCUUAUAUAUUUUCAAGUAGUUGCAUCCCAACCAACGAAAGCUUGUCAGGUAAUUUUGUCGCUCAAUGAUUUUAAUACAGUGGCGUAGUUGAUGGACGUUGGCUGGAAAUAGAAUCUUGAAAAAUGAUGGCUUUAAUUAGUAGUUUUUGUUCGAAAUUGAGAAUAGCUAAAGGCAGUUUUUCAUUAGCCAAAUGUGUUCGCGGGAAGAGAAUGGGAAAUUAUGUUCGGCAAUAUGAUUGGUUAGUGAAAAAUUGCGCCACGGAGGAGUUGAAUCGGUUCCUAGUUUUCGUGGUAAAUAUUGUCGCUAGCUGAAUCACAUUGCCGAAUUUAUCUUUUGAUUCGCUUAACGCGUAUGGGGUUCUUCAUGUUCACAGGAAAUACAUGAAAAUGGCUUUCUUUAACGAAUGAAAUCAAUUUUUUGAGCAAUCGUGUACUUACUGGCGCCACUUAUUCGAGGGCGACACUCUUUCUAAAGAGAGCCAUUGAAAUAUAUUAACUUUGAACUUAAAAACGUUCUAUAAAUACAGGAGCUAUGAAUUUCUGAGGCUGCUUAAAGGUUAAGAUGUAAUGUAGCUGUUCUUGACCAAUUCCGUCAGACGGUGCUUUGAUUAAGUAUACCAUCUUAUUGAAAGUACAGCGCUUUUGCGAGAGCGACGCUCUUUAAUAUUUUCGCUCUCGUGUGCGGCGCUUAAUCGGGGACGGCACGUAAACGAGUAAAUACCGCGAUACUCUUAACAUUACAUUACUUCGCAUUUUAGACACUCGACAUCUUAGAAAUCUCUCACGUUGCAGAUUCCCUCAUUGGUGAUGAGGUACGUACAUUGAUUUUAGAUUUCUUAAUACAGUGAACCUCUUCUACAACCAUGCAUAGACGUACGAGACAGGGGGAGGAGGAUUGAUCACAAAAGUUAGGUUAUUUCAUUACUCUCUUAAAGUGACCCCCCGAAAAGACAAGCCUCGUACGCUUAUAACUAACUCUACGCGGAUACUCGUAUGACUAUGACGGAUACUCCAGAGUAAGUUCAAGUCCCGAACUUUUGAAUUAACUUUUUAUGAAAACCUCUGAACAAUGGAUACCUUUAAACAACGAAAACCAUUCAAGUUCGAGUUCAAUCGAGAAAUAUUCAAGCAAAAACUACAUGUAUAUAUAACAAACUGCAAAUAAUUAUUUUGUUUGGAAGGACAAAUGUUCGGCCAAGACAAAAAGUGGUCGCACAUUUAUCAAUUUUUCUCGAACAAUGGAAAAAGUAAAUUAUUUUCAGGGUUCUGCCCACGGUGGGUUUCAUGUUUACAAAUAUUUAUACCCGGCAGUCUCAUUCUCCUGGGCAGAACCCUGUAUUUUAUAUUUGUUUUUAAAUGAGCACGAUUUAAAAAUGAGCGCGAAAUACGAAAUGGACCCAUGUUAUAUGGUCCCAACACGUCCGUUAUAUGGAGCAAUCCUUGCAAUUUUCGACGGCCUGCACAGCAGGUGGAGGGAAGGGGAUUGCUUAGGCAACAUCCAUGUGCUUUUUUUAUUGAAGCACUUAUUUAAUCACGAUUGAAAAACUUGAAAAACUUCGAGGGUUUCUCUCCCUCGGUAAAAACUAACCCUUAGGCACUAAUCGCAAAAUAUUUAACAAACUAAGUCACCUUCGGAGAGUCAAUUAGAUUAUAAAACCUGUCCCAUUCAAACCCUACAAUAUGCUUUUUGGUUUAAGGAAACAAGGGGCAUUUCUGGUGGACAACGAAAAAGAGUAAAUAUUGGAAUGGAGUUAAUUGCUGAUCCAACUUUGUUAUUCCUUGAUGAACCUACAAGGUUGGUUAAGUGUCGGUAGCGAAAUUGAAAAGCCCUUUUUAGGGAGUGGUACUUAUUAAAGUUUAUGAAGUUUAUUUAUGAAGUUUAUGAAAUUAUUAUUAUAAUAUUUAAAAUUUGGAAAUAAAGACUGGAUGGGAUUUAAACUCCGAACAGUUUGUUCGAGUUUCAGGAAAAACCGAAAUUCGCUUUCAAGGACCUGAAAUUCGAUCAUAUUUUAAAAUGACAUCUCGUACCCUAAAUAAUUCAUGUUGCCCAUGCAUGGAGUCGAAGGAAUCGAAUAGAAACUUUGGCUGGAUCAACACAGCCCAGCAGAGGGUUAAAAUAUAUUUUACCAGUUUUCAAGUGUCAUCACGUGACUAAAAAAUAGGUUUCGUUAGCUAAUUUCUUGAUGAAUUACUAAGUUCAAGCGCGCGCGGGCACAGAUAUUUUAUCCUGUUGUAAGAAUUCAACGUGCAUGUGCUUUGACUGGGUAGCUCAAUUGUUUUUUAACGUCGUAUCUCCCGAUUUGCUAAUUACCGAUUAGUUCGGUUGUUGUCCUGCGUUUGUAAUAAUUGCUCUACUAUGUAUUAAACCAGCUGUUAUGUACGCACGUUACACACGUAUUCUUAUUUUUGUUUGAAAACUAUUUACUAUAUAGGCUAAAUAUUCAUGUCAUUGUGAAUUAAUCCAUCGCUAUCGCUCAAAUUUUAAACCCAAUUAAUGCAAAGUAGUAAAAAUAAAAAUAGAAAUAAAAAUAAAAACAACUAUUUCUAUUGAACCAUGACUUUAAAAAUUCACUAUAUAUAAUGUAUUCAGUAAUGAAAUCAGUGAAAUGUUUUACUGUUUCAGUGGAUUGGAUAGUACAUCCAGUUUAUCUGUGUUGAAGUCGUUGAGAGCUGUAGCCGAAGAAGGAAAAUUGACUGUCUUGUGCGUUAUUCAUCAACCACGUUUUGAAAUAUUCAGUAGGUGAUACGGUUUUAUAAUUAUUUGUGAAAGGAAAACGGUUGUAGAGGGAAGAUUUAUCAGAAAGCAUAACCUAGAGAUCUUGUUAAUGGUUACUCCAUAUAUAUACAUAGGCUAUCACCUUCGCUGGCUUGGAUCGUCGACAUGGAAAUGUUAUAGUUCUAUACUUUUUAUUCACCUUUAUUGAAUGUGUUGAACUGACACGGUUACUGAACCUUGUGAUGUCCCUCCUAUGUCACGAGGUAGAACCGUACCGUUGCAGUUCAUUGAAUUCAUCGGACGAACCUCGCCAAUCCCUAUCAAUUAUCUUUAUCAAACCCCAACACUUAUCCUAGCUGCAUGUCGGUGGUUAUUUUGGUAUAUAAUCAUAAAAAAACAUCUCUGUGUAGAUAUGUUCCACAACAUCUUACUCCUUGGUCCUGGUGGUAAGACAGUUUAUCAAGGAAAUGUGUCUGAUGCUGCUCAAUAUUUCUCAUCCCUUGGCUUCAAUACACCUGCUAACGUCAACCCAGCUGACUUCUAUAUGGAUGUUAUCGGUGGCUCAGUCGAUAUAGGAGAUGAAGAAAUAGAUCUCUUUGAAGCUUGGAAGAACAAAUCUGGUGCUGUUGAAGGAAGAGCAAGUAGUUCUGGGGAAGAGCAAGAAUUUCAUGUUUCGUCUAACUCUGAUCCUGAAGGUGGGAUACAUACAACUUGCAUCAGUUGCAUGUUUUUAAGCGGAUUAAUUUUGUGUCCACGACACUGUAGUGUAUUUCAUCGCAAGGUUCAAUUACUACUGGUGUUGUAUUAAGACGAUUUGAAAUAUUGAUAUUGAAAUAUUGAUUUGAUAUUGAAAUAUUGUACCCAAAACAAAUAAGGCACAACUUUUAAAAAAUAUAUUACGCAAAAUUCUUGGUGAUUGUAAAUAGCCUAAUAUUGUCAAAAUAACACCGUGAACUUUGGUUUUAUUUAAUUUUAAUUUUGUUCUGAUUUCAGAACUCACAAGAUGUAUGUUUUUGUAUCUGCGUAGAAAUAUUGUUGUCGAGUGUCGUGAGAGCAUGUAUAAACGUCAGCGUGUGAAGAAGAUAUAGCUUUCAACACUCUGAAAUGGCAACUAAAAUAGUUAGGCACUUCAAGAACAAUAAAACGAUAAAAGUAAAGCCAAGUUAGCUUUAUAAUCUAUCACGGAAGGAAAGAUAAGUAUAGAGGAUUCUUAAUCCGCUAAACAUUUUAUUUUUAGCAAAACGUGUUCUACCUAACCCGCUAUAUCAAUUCGUUACGUUCACUAAACGAGAAUUUCUGCUGCAAAUCCGUCUGUUAAAAACUUUACUUAUCGACGUCUUCCUCGUAUUCUUUGCUGGUGGCGUUCUUGGAGCUUUGUAUCUUGAGGUAAGACUGCUCGUUAUAUAUCAUCCACGCGGUUGCGAUGCUUUUCACUGACAUUUUAGUGUUAUUGCUGUGGGGGCAAGUUGAGACGGGAUAUGUAAUCCUCAUGCGGGCAGAGAGUAAACUUCCGGAGGGUGCUGGCGAUUAUGAUUUAUUUAUGAUUUAUUGCUUACUAAACAUAUUAAGUACUAUUUAAAACAUGAGCAGCAGUGUUUUAUUAGAGUACAGCAGCUCGAACGUUUUAUAUCUGAUAAAGCACGGACUGCGAGUGUUUUAAAUGGCUUAAAAAACGAUCCAUCUGAUGAGUUCAUUGCAUGGGGAAGUAGGCCUAAUUAUUAAAAUCAACGAAGUCUAAGCCGAGAAAAUCAAAGCUAAAGUUUAUGUAAAUGAAUAUUAUUUGUUAUCACUUCAAGGAGGAAAAUGAGGAAAACACAAAGAAAAAUCAUAAGCGUGUCGUAUCUUUAUAUGUCAUAGAGAUUUCCCUUGAUUUUAAUACAUAAACUUUAACUUUGAUUUUUUCGAAUAACACAACGUAUUUUUUGAAAAUUACUUCGCCAAUGAACUUUAUACUAUAUAUAGUCGAUCGUUUUUGAAGCAAUUUAAAACAUUCGCAGUGCGUGUUUUAUCAGACCUAAAGAUACUUGGCUUCGCCUCGUAUCUUUAUAUCUGAUAAAACACGGCUGCUCAUGUUUUAAAUAGUACAUAUAAAACCACCUACCCGGCAGUGAUUUCCUUUGUCUUCUCAUGAAUUAUUAAUGAGUUUUUUAAAGUAUUACGUUUGUUUCUUUCGAUAUAAAUAUUUUGAUUAACUAUAUAUGAUCACGUAGAAACUUGAAGUAUCGUUAUAUUAAAUUUAUAUAUUUACCUUCAAAUUAAAUGUGGUUUCAAAUGUAGUCCACGAUUAUUUUUAAAAAUAUUUUGCUUUUCUUACUAGCUUGAGUUGAAUAGGCCUUUUGCAGGAAUUGGUAACGUGACACCAUUUUCCUGAAAACGAGCAGCUGUGUCCAAAUGAACUCCAAAAAUGAAAAGAACACCUCGAUAUUAGUAAAGGGGCCGGUAAAUAAGUUAUGAAAGAAAUGACAUUCAAUUUAAGAUUGUAAAUUUUCUUAGGAUUUGUAUAGGAUAAUACUUGAUGGUAAGGGAAGUUAGGAAGGCCAUUCAUAGUUACCUCAGCCCGGAGGUUAUGUUUUCACCUGAGUUUAAUUUGUGUUUGUGUUCGUCUGUUAGCACGGUAACUCAACUGAAGAAAUAUCAAAGUGUUAAUACGAAAAUUUGUAGAGCAAGUGGUAAUAGGAUAGGCCAAGGACAAAUCGAAUAAAUUUUGGUUCAAUUUGGACGAAAACUGAGUGAGAAAUUGUUUUGCUAUGCCGAGAACAAUUAAAUUGUACUUCACUAGUCUAUCAUUUAUGCAUGCAUGAUACUUGAGUACUUUCAUUUGAGAAAAUAAAAGGGUUCACUAUACGUACUUUAACUUAAUUUUCUAUAAGCUAAUUCUUUCACUUGAAUUGUUUAUUGAUAUAGGUGAAGUUAGAAAAAUUCACUGGGCUUACCCGUAUGAGCGGAAUGGCUAUCGGUCUGACUGCAAUGUUGGCAGCUUUGAGAUGCUUUGGCAACCAUAGAACUACAUUCUGGAGGUAAAUAGACCGUUACAAACUUUACCACCAAGUAAGCACCUGCUUUGGAAGUAUUUAUCAUAUCGUUGGAACAUGUGAUGUUCUAUAGCAAUUCGGCCAAAAAAUCCCAAGAUUUUCUUAAAUAUUCUUUUUUUAUUUUCAGAGAAAGCGCUGCUGGUGUGAACCGUGUGAGUUAUUUUCUUGCGGUAAAUUUUGCUCAAAUGCCAAUCUUGGUAAUGAUGCCACUGGUCUAUCUUAGUCUUCUCUACACGCUGACGUCACCACGAUGUAAGAACAUGUAUAAUACUAUAGAACACUUUUAAAUAUUUUGAGGCGAAACCAGGAUUGUUCAUAUUGAGAUUUUUGGACGCUUUCUGGUUUAAUUUAUAUAUUUAUUUCACAAGCUUUCGACUGGCAAGAUUGCAGUCUUCAACGGGUGUUUAACACAAUAUUUAAACACCCGUUGAAGACUGCAGUCUGGCAGUCGAAAGCUUGUGAAAUAAAUAUAUAUUUUAAACCAGAGAGCGUCCAAACAACUCAAAUUAUAGAUUGCUGAUUUUGAAACUUGUCAGUCUGACAUUACGAUCAGAAGAUUCUGACGUAUUGAGCGACGGUCUUUCGCCAGAAUUUAGUAUAGGAGCUUAAAGUGCUACUAUAAUCUCAAUUUUUUUAUAAUCUUUAUGACCUUUUAAAACGCUAAGAUAUUAACUAUUUAAAGGUAUUUUGAAGAUUUUCGUUUCCUCUCUUUAUUUCAGAUAGAUAUUUCAGAUAUUUUUGAGAUACUUGUUUCCGAGAUACAAUAUGCAAAUAUCCGGAAUUUUAUAUACAACUUAGCGUAUCUAUUUGAUGCAUGAACAGACAGACAUGUAUAACAAUAAUUAACAUUUUUUCAUGCAUGCGUGAAGUGUAUUCCUAGAACUGGAAGACUAUAUCUAGUAUAAAUAAAGAUAAAGAAUUUCAGUUUUUAAUUGCCAGUGCAUGCAUCAUCACUUCCAUUUUCUCCUCUAAAACGUAUAUAUGCGAAUGAGAUCAAUCAGGUGCAGGAGAAAUCAGAUUUGUGGAUUACUUUCAGUAAACAUGAAGCUCUGGGAAGGUGUUCUGUGACUGGUUGAUUAUGACAAUGACAAAAGACGUAAUUGGCUUACAUAACCAAAAGGAUUAUUGUUCUUGCUUCGUUCUUUAGAAAAUCCAUUCUAUAGCUUAUUCUUUUGUCAUUGUCAUAAUCAACCAAUCACAGAACAUCUUCCUAGAACUUCGUGCCGACCCAUUACUUUGGGAAGUCAGAAGUUUUUAUCACGCCAUAUUUGGUAAUUAUGCCAUCUUUUUAUUUUAGCGUAUUUUUCUGCGCAUUAUACUGCAGUGUUUUGUGCUCAGCUGUGCUGUUCUGGUCUUGGUUAUGCCAUUUCCACGAUCUUUAAUCCCAAAAGUUCUCAAAUGGCGUCUGUGGUGGUAAUUUUGGUAAUGGCUAUGUUGUCAGGUCAGUGUUUGCAUGGCCAAUUCAUUAAAUUACCCAGACAGUUGUCCUUUUCUUCUUCUGAAGUCUUCUUCUGAAGUCUUCUUCUGAAGUCUUCUUCUUCCGAAGUCUUCUUCUUCCGAAGUCUUCUUCUUCCGAAGUCUUCUUCUUCAAAGUUUCCCCACCUCGUUCUAUUAAGAAGAUCCUUGUGGGGGGAACACCGCGAUCAAACUUCCGCGUGUUGACCGAAUAAUGUAUUCUAGAGUUAUACUCCCUCAGUUAUACUGCAUGUUCCAUGUUUUUUGCUCAGAAGUUCAGAAUUGUAUCAUUACAUUUUCGGGAUUCAAAGGAUAGUUGGGAGCGACCUUAAACUGUACACAUCUCAAGCAACUCUAACAAAGAUAUUAAUAUGUUAUCUAAAUUACUUUCAUCUAGGCUUUUCUCCUACAUUGUGUAAACUUGAUGAUUUGGAUUUCUUUGGACCAGUUGGUUAUAGCCUUUCCUACAUCCGUUGGUUUGUCGAAGCUUUGUUUGAGAAAGAAGCCUUACGUUAUCCAGAUGUCGAUCGUCCAAUACGGGAUGCCAUUGCUUUCCCUGACCACUAUACCUUAGAUGGGAAUUAUUCUUUCUGUCUAGGAAUGAUUGUUGUCAUGGCUGUAGUGUUUCGUUUAAUCGCUUUACUUUUCUUGCUUUUUACAAAUCGUGGAAAGCAACAGUAGAACCAAGCUAUAAUAGAACAUUUAUACUCAUGAUUAUUAAUUGUUAUGGAUCAGACUAAAAUACGAUAGCACAAUCUUUUUUAUUCAAGUAUAUUUGCAUUUUUUCAUAUGGGCUAUAUUGAUUCGUGCAAAGCAUUAAAAGCAAGCAACAGAAUUGGCUUAUAGUAGAUAAAAUCUAUUGUGAUUACUAAUUACUAAUUACUAAUUACUAUGGAUUGCAUUCGAAUUGUCCUCAAGUUUGCACGAUUUUACCUUUCAGAUUCACAUAGGACGUAUAAAACUGGACCGGUGUAGAUAUUAAAAAGGUUAGGUGGGUAUGUGUGAUAUACACACAUAACCAGGUACAACUUGCAACUUACAAAAUUCAAAAUUUCCGGGUAAGAAAACCGAUUAGAGAAUGGUAACUUUCGUUGUUGAGGUUCGCCAUAGAUUUGGGGAAAAUUGACGAGCAUAUGUGCAUUGAUUUAUUUAGGUGAGAUGUUGAAGUAUUUUAUUACUUAAACGGCCCACAAUUAGUAAACACCAGACAUGCGGGAAGCAUAGAUUCGAGCACAACUAAGGGUAAAUUAUUAUCGUUUACACUUUAAUUAUUAUGGAUUACACUUAAUUUUAUCAUGAGUAUUUUUAUUGAUGAAGUGUGUCGUUUGAUUGUUUACGUGUGUUGCUUUUUGAUAAUCUUAAUCUGCCCGCCCGAGGCCUGUAAGUUCAAAGACUUAGUUGGGCGUGGGUGCUGACUCGUCCUUCGCGUGUGCUCACAGAGACGACUGGGGACGAGUCAGGCGUGGGUGGUAAUCAGGGCGCUUGUGUAUUGACCAUGCAUACACACAAUGAGAUACGUCAUUUUGGUAUCGCGAACACGAUGGCCGCACUAAGAGAGAACUGGUGGAUUCCAAGGGGUAACUCGAAAAUUAAAAGGAUCAUUAACGGAUGCAACGUAUGUAAAGCGUAGCGAGUGAAACCUAGACCGCGAGCAGUCAGGACCGCCGACAACACAUCAAGAAAUUUGAUACGCCCACUUUUCGCUCGUGUCAAGUUGGCUUCGCUUUUGCAUAAACAUUACUUAUAUCCAAUUAAAUCUAUCCAAUAGGAACCGUUAAUGUCAUGUUUAUUUAUAAAAUCAACAUUCAGUCUGGAUAUUAUUUACAGCUUAAUUACUACGUAUUAGAUUUGAUUGACAGGCGUAUCGAUUUCGACCAAUGGGAAUUUUGCGUUGUGUGGGCAACGCGUAUUUCGUUUCUUGAUGUGUUGUCGGCAGUCCCACCUUUCCUUUCCCAUGCCCGGAAAUCUAAACCCGCGGAAAGGAGGGUACAGCAACUGCCGAACUACCUACGUUUCGAAUCGAAAGUGGAAGACCAUUUGAAACAACGGGUGUUGAUUUCGCGGGUCCCCUGAUAUACAAGCUUAGAAAGAAGAAGGCAAAUGCUACAUCCAGAGCCGUGCAUCUGGAGUUAACGAAGACACAAUCUGCAGAGGAAUUCAAAGUAAAGCUAAACGUCUUUAUCGCAAGAAAGAGCAGACCAAAGUUGAUUGUGUCGGGUUUAAAGCGACAGCGUUAUGGAUCAGAAAGAUACGAAAAAGUGAACGACUGCAAGAUUAUUUUGCAAGACAAGAGAUUCGGUGGAGAUUCAAUCUAUCCAAGUCCCCUUGGUGGGGUGGAAUGUACGAACGCCUACUUAAGGACAUUAAAAAACCGUUUUUCGACCAGUUACAAGUUAUUGUAAUUGAUAUUAAGGAAAAUGCGCUAGCUAUCGUAAUUGAUAUUGAGGGAAAUGUAAACAAUAGGCCACUGACGUACGUCGAAAGCGAGCAAGAAGAGGAAAAAGUGCUCACACCAAUUUUGUGGGGACAAAAUGUGCAUACCAUAGAUGAAUCAGACACGGAUGAUGGAGAAGAAGUCGCGAAGUUACACAAACGAAUGAAGCAGAAACGAGAACAUGCGUGGCAGAGAUGGAAGAUGGAGUACUUACAUAGUUUGAUGGAACAUCAUCGAGUGAUUAAAGGGGAAAAUACGUGUCCAGAAGUAGGAGAAAUGAUAUUGGUGGUCGGUGAGGAAAGGAAUCGAGCUGAAUGGAAACGAGGAAAGGUUGUUGAGCUAAUCAAGGGCAAGGACAACGUUGUGAGAGGGGUGAAGAUCUUGACGAAGGGACAUACGAUGAACGUUUAUUUAAACUCUUGGAAUACUAUCCCCGUCAACCUCGUACCCAGGGCUUCUGCGCUUAUUGCUCUCAGAAGCCCUGGGAUAAUUCAACUCAGAACGUGAUUUGAUUGGUCAAUGCGAAUACAAUGAAAGUACCGGAAGUUAUUCAUUAUUACCGGGACCCGGGUGAUAUUUUGGCAACAUGGCUGCUAUCACAAGGAGUGUAUACAAAAGUUACAUGCUGGUUUUUGCAUGAAAAUACUUUUUUAAAUUAAAUUCUGGGCUAUUUUGAAAAGAGCAAAUGAAGAAAUGGACUAUUUGUAUUUGUAAAUAUUGGCCAGAAUGGUGAACAAAGUAAAAAAAUUAACAUAAUAAAGUGAAACAUAUUUUCUCGUUCGAAAAUUGAAAUUUCAAGUAUAAAUCUACAACUUCAAGCACGAUAUUCAAUGUAAAUAUUACAUAAUAAAGUUUUUAAUACCUUUUUUACCUUUAAAUUGUGUGUUCUAUAUUAUUGCAUUUUGUAUUGGAAUAGGAUAAAUUAUUAAUUAUACACAAAUAUUUAAAUUUACAAAUUAUUCCCAAUUCGAGGAUGCUGGAUGCACUGACUCAGAAUUUGUAUUAGUGCCUAUUUAUUAUUGAGUUAGUGCCUCUAAAUCUCUAGAUCUAAUGUACAAACAUUGUAAUCUGUUACUUAAUACCAUAAAGAAACUGUUGAUAGCACAUAUAUUAAAUGACUAUUAAUCAAAAUGAACUAAAUUUUCGACCAUUCUAUAGCAUAUUUCCCCCAAUAUUGAGGGAAUAAUUUCUCCUAUUUAUUUUUAUAAUAAGCCAAUAUUGCCCGACUGGCCUAGUCUGCCCAACAGUUGGGCCCCACCUUCUACGCCUAUGGCCAGACCUACAGGUGGACCCCCAACCUGAUUGGUCACAAUUUUUCUUUCUCCAAAAUUCCCCCUCCCCAUGUACAAGGAUUGACAAUUUGACAGUUUGAUUAGAUUUGAAAAAAAAACCUGUUAUAUUGGGUCAUUCAGAAAACACCCAUUGAAAGUUAAUCGCUCUUACUCCUUUGGAUGUCCUAAUACAUUUACUAUUAUCAGAAACAAUUUUUCCCCCCUCCCGCUCUGAAAUGGCAGAAAUUUCCUCUGUGGGGGGAGUGUGGAUCUUUUCUGGAACGACCCAUUUGAGAAAUGCUUUUGCACAAAUUUUAAAUUUUCUUACAAACACAACUCAUCAAUGUAUGUCAGAACACUGUUCUAAGUUGCAACAAAAAUCCAGAGGUCUAAAAGGCUCAAGUCAAAUCCAGUGGUGUAACCAGGGGGGGGGGGGCAAAAUAUUUUAAAUGUUCCGAACUUCUUUGUAAUUAAGUAGAGUUGAACAAUAUUGUGUUAACUGCAUGGUUAUUUCAAAUCACCAAAACCCAUUAAAAUAGCCCCCCAAAAUGGCACUUUAUUAACUAGAACUUAAAGUCUAUAUUAUAUUGUACUAUAUUAUACAUGGAUAGCUUGGGAGUCCAAAUAUAUUUUUACAUAAUAACAAACUUUAUUCAAACUAGUGCAGGCCCCUCCUGGGGAUUUCAGUCCCCCUUGAAGGCCUUAAUUAGAAAUCCUGGCUACAUCACUGCUCAAUUCCAUUGCCAAUGAUGAUGUUAGCAUGAUUAGACAGAGUAGGUUAAUUUAACAAACUAGUGUGUAUUAUGAGAUAAUCCAUUGAACACCAGUGAUCUAUCCCAACAUAUAAAAUCGUCUGGUGUUAGACAGUCAGAGUAAAAUAAAAAGUAGGACACAAUGUAUAACAAUUAAUAGGUAAGGUUAAUGGCCAGAACUAAAUGACAAACAAUAUUUUAUAAUAAACCCAAAUUAGUUCAGCACCAUUGAUUCUUAUAACACUGUUCAUUCCAUACUAGAACAUCAGCAAUUAACACAAGUUGGAGUUUCAUCCAUUGACAUGUAUGCUUCUAACCAUGCUGUCCACAUUGCAGCUAUCUGACAGUUUUUAAUUUUCAACAUUCCCAAAGCCAUUAUUCUCAAGAUUUGCCAAAAAGGUUUUCCAAAUAAGUACAGAAUUAUAUUACAUCACUCAUCACUGUUCAUUUUACAUUCUUCAAGGAGAUGCAUGUUUGUACAGUACAGUAUAUCUUGUGUAUUUAUAAUUAAAUCUUGCAAUAUCUUGUUCAAAACCCUCAUAUCCAAGAUAAUCGGCAGCCAGCCAUGUUACCAGUAAGAUUUCUAGUCUGUUGAUUUUGAAAUGACCAAGGUUGUACUCGAGUAUAAAUCAGGCCUCGAAUUUCCCUGAAAUCAAUCGACGGCAAUGGCGUUAAAAAUUGCCGUAGAACGUAACAGCUGUCUACGGCAAUUUUGGCAGUUUCCACGGCAUUUUUCAAAUUACUGUAAUAAAACUUUAAUUUUAUUGUUACUUUGGAUUUUUGACAAGCUAGAAACAUGUUUACGUAUUUCUUUAGUGGGUUUUUUCGAAGAAAACUGAGACUAAAAUAGUGAUUUACGCAUGAUUUGAUCAACGUCUGAAUUCAAGUAUCAAAGUAGUAGUUGCCAGUGAAUAGUAUAAAAAUUGCACUAUACGGCAAAAAACUGCCGUCGUUGCCGCAAUAAUCCACGGCAUUUUGUUCUCCCUCUACGGCAAUUGCCGGGUAACCACCGAUGUCAUUGAGCAAGAAGUGAGCGAAGAAAUAACGCGGAAAUCAUGCAUGCAGGUAAUAUUUACAAGAUUGUAUACAAUAAGGAAUAUCAAAUGUAAUUGUGCGCAGAAUGUGAAUGGCCCACCCAGUAGGACUGGUGCGAGGAAAAGCACAUCGUCAUGAGUAGGAGGCUGCCUUCGGCAGCAAUUAAUUUUAAAGAUCACAACCAGUUCACGUGCGAACUCACUUCCGGUAAGAUUCCGGGAAAAACACUUUAUAUAGUGAACAUGUAAACAAGGCGAUUUUGAGAGCGAAUAUAGCGAGAGAUUUGGGGGGUUUUACAAUGUGAUAUUUUCGUGUUGGGUCAAGCAAUCCCCAACAUGCUGUAAUAAAAUACAACGCCAUUUUAGAAAUAAAUACAGUGGCCAGUGUAAUGUCCUCAUUAAUAUUCCAUGUUACCUUAGUAAUAUUCUAAUUAGUAUCCAAUAUAGUUGCAUGUAAAUUGUCGUUAGUUUAGUUCUUCUACAGCAGGCGAAGGGUCACUAUAUCUGGCGACGAGGAUUGUAAAUCUAGUAAACUAUAA